AUGGGUCUUCUCACAUUCAAUGGAGAAAAUCUUUCAUUUUCUGAGAUCAAGAAAUAUACUGACUACGUUAAAAAACACGGCAUCAUUCAGUUUAUCAACACGUUCCACCGAGUCAAGAACAGGACAUACGAUACACUAAAGUGGGGAGACGAGAUGGAGUAUCAAAUGCUUGCUUUUGAUCACGAGAAUAAAACAGUUAAACUGGUUCUCAAAUCCUCAGAAAUUUUGCCAAAAUUGCAGAAAGAAGAAAAUGAAAACCCAGGGAAAACAGAGACGGCGUAUCGUUUGGAAAUGGGUGAAUUCAUGAUUGAAUCAAGCCCUGGUCAACCUUACGGUGGUUGCAUGAGACAUUUCAACAGAAUCGAGGCAAAUAUGAAACUGAGGCGCAAAGAAAUCCAGGCUUUGCUAGGCCACAAUGAAAUCGUUUUGCCUUUGUGUGUUUUUCCAAGGCUUGGCUGCCCAGAUUUCACAUCACCGCAUUUGGAGGUGAACCCGGAAACGAACCCAGUCAUGAAGUCAAUUUACAUUCCAGAUGCAUGCAUAACCCAGAUGCAUCCGCGAUUCAUGAACUCAGCAAGCAAACUGAUGCAGCGAAAAGGAGAAAGAAUUACCCAGAACAUUCCAAUUUACCGUGAUUUGAACACUCCAGACCCUUUCUUGGAGACGUUUCGACACGACGACGGUCAAGCUGCCAGAGAUUCCCGGCCCAAUCACGUUUAUUUAGACAAUGUCCUUUUUGGCUCUGGCAUGUGCUGCACGCAAGUGACGCUUCAAGGGUGCAAUAUCGAUGAAGCCAGGGCUCUGUAUGAUCAGCUGGCUGUAUUGGCCCCAAUUAUGCUAGCCUUGUCUGCCGCUACCCCAGCGACAAAAGGGUAUCUUCUGAACACUGACUGCAGAUGGGGAAUCAUUUCUGGCGCCGCAGACGACAGAACCGAAGAGGAACGAGGGCUCAAGCCUCUGAAAGAAAACAAAUUUCAGAUAAGAAAAUCACGUUUUGAUUCUAUUGACAUGUACAUAUCACCAGAAGGCGCCAUGUACAACGACAUUCCAAUUGAUUAUGAACAAGAACACAUGGACACGCUGCUAAAGGCUGGAAUCGAUCAGCAACUUGCUACACAUAUCGCCCACUUCUUCAUCAGAGAUCCAAUCUCAUUGUUUUCUGGCAAUAUCUACGUGGAUGAUGAAAACGAGCUCGAACAUUUUGAUAACAUUCAAUCGACAUGUUGGCAAACGAUUCGAUUCAAGCCACCACCUCCUGGAACCGACAUGGGAUGGAGAGUCGAAUUUAGGCCAAUGGAAGCGCAGUUGACUGACUUUGAGAAUGCUGCGUACACGGUUUUUGUUGUCCUCAUGACCAGAGUUAUCCUUUCCUUCAACUUGAACAUGCUGGUACCAAUCUCAAAGAUGGAAGAAAACAUGAAAAUUGCAUUGAAAAGAGAUGCAGCUCACAAAGGAAAAUUUUACUUCAGAAAAAAUAUUGAAAAAUGUUUUGAUGAGAAUUUCAAUGACUGCGGCAACAGUGACUACGAGUUAAUGAGCAAUGACACCAUUAUCAACGGCAAGGAAAACGAAUUCCCUGGGCUCAUACCUUUGAUAAAUUCCUAUUUGGACCACAUUGAUGUUGACAUUGACACAAGAUGCACCAUCAGCCAAUACUUGCGGCUCAUUUCUAAGCGAGCGUCAGGAAAGUUAAUGACAACAGCCAGUUGGAUAAGAUCAAAAGUCCGGGGUCACCCAAACUACAAAUUCGAUUCAGUGGUGUCAGAUGAAAUCGUUUACGACCUUCUUCAAGAAGCAUCAAAAAUUGCAGUAGGUCAGGCAGGCAGCGCAGAGCUUCUCGGGGCUCCAAUCAGCAAAACAAGCUGCUAUCUUCCUGAUAAAUGCAAAAAGAUGCAAGAACAUAUCGAUGAAUUUUCAAAAAUCAUGAAAAUUACAAAACACAGUGGAAGAAUCACUGGUGCUCAGUGUUAAAGGAAAAUUUUUAAAAUGACAAUCACAAUUUUUGAUCGGUUUUAUUAUGUUUGGGGAAAUUAAUUUGAACAAUAAGAAAUGUAUUUAAGAGAAUUUUUUAGAUUGUCUUAAUCAUUCUUUAUCGACAAAGAUAUACAGCCGAAUCUUUUGCCACAUUACAAAUGUUAACAGGUCUGCUAAGUAAAGGCCUUUGAAUGCCCGCACGCAAUUUGAUCAUCCCGGUGCGACAACAAAGUUCAAUGCUGUUGUUGUUGUUUUAAAAUUUUUCUCAUGCUCAUGGCAAAAAAUGCUUAAAUUCUGUAGGUAAAACCAAAGAAAAUCUAUUGAAAACAUUAGGAAAAUACAACAAUGUGUUUCAUUUUCCAGAAGGGUCUGUUUCAAAGCCUAUGUCCUUCUUUCUCAGUAAAGCAUGAUAGAAAACAGUUUUCUUCCCAGCACUCUCUUUUUAGACUUAUUGAAGACUGGAAAACAGAACUGGAAAGGAACAAACAUAUUGGUGCUGUCGAAAUGGAUUUAUCAAAAGCCUUUGACUGUCUACCAAAAAACCUGCUUUUAGCAAAACUACAUGCCUAUGAUGUAGAUAGAAAUUCUCUUUUACUUAUACAAAACUAUCUGUCCAAUAGAAAACAAAGAGUCAGAGUUAAAGGUCAUUAUAGCUCCUGGGGUAAAAUUGGACAAGGAGUGCCACAGGGAUCAAUACUUGGACCUCUACUUUUGAAUAUUUUUCUAAACGAUAUUUUUACAGCCUUACUGAAGAGCCUUAAUGCAAUUUUCCUGAUGACAACACGAUAUCUGUCACUGAAACAAAUACUGAUGAACUAUUGAACUUGUAAAAAUUAACACUUAAAAAUGUCUUGAUUGGUUUAAAUCUAAUGAAAUGAUUGCAAAUCCCUCUAAAUGUCAAGUUAUCACAAUCGGCAGCAAAGAUAAAAGCAUAAAGAGUUUGAAAUUGACGAAGAAUUUGCAAUUAAAAUAGAAAAAAACGUUACUUUUCUUGGUGUUCAGAUCGAUAAAAAUUUAAAGUUUGAUGCAGUUACAAUCAUCUAACUCUAUUGUUAUCGAGUGAGGCAAAAUCACUCAUGCGGUAAAAGGGCAAAAAGACGAUUCCGCAUAAGGGCUCAGUAUUGGAAAUUCCGAAGCUGGCAAACGAAACCAAAAUUUUUGAGAAUCUAUUUAAUUUAGGAAUGUAACUUAUAAUUUGUCAGCUUACCGUAUGCAUUUAGAAGGUUUUAAGCCAUAAUUCUUGUUUGUACACGGGUUUUGAGAAUUUUAAAAUUUUUUUUUACCGUGGCGUUGAUAAGGGCACUCUGGUUUGGAGAAUAUCUAUAUUUCUAGGAAGAUUAUUUUUGGGCUUAUUUACAAAAAUGUCGCGCUUAUACAAAAAUCUUGUGUUAAUUUUUUAUCGUAACUUCAAGGAACCGUGGUAAAAGAGGUCAUUUUCAAUCCUGAUUCAGCCAGGCCCCCUUCCUACAACAUCCUCAUGUCCGUAAAUAAAAGUCUGAUUUGCUGGUGAAUGUUAGAGAGAAGGUCUCGUCAUAGGAAAAACUUGAAAUGGAUAGUUAUCAUAAAAUUUUUCACGCCUUACAUCUGAAAUUUUCACCCGAAGUCAUAUGCAGGGGGUUGCUGAAGUAGGGGAGUGUUCAUUUAAAAAGUUGUCAUAAUGAUAUAAGAGUACUUGCUCACAUCUACCCUUUUAUUUAAA